GAGCUCGGGCAGUGCAAAGAUUUGCAAGGUGGAUGUAUGAUGCUGGUAUCCCUUUUAAUGCAGUAAAUUAUGAGAGUUUUGGACCAAUGAUUGAAGCCAUUGGCCAAUAUGGUCCUGGUAUGAAGCCACCGACAUACCAUGAAGUGCGGGUUACCCAACUCAAAAAAGAAGUGAAACAUACUGAAGAUUUGAUGAAGUAUCAUAAAGAGGAUUGUGCAAAAUACGGGUGUUCCAUAAUGGCUGAUGGUUGGACUGAUAAGAGAGGAAGGACAUUGAUUAAUUUUUUAGUUAAUUGUCCAAGAGGAACCAUGUUUGUUGAGUCGGUUGAUGCUUCUAGCUAUUCAAAGGAUGGGCAAAAGCUAUUUGAAUUACUAGACAAGUUUGUGGAGAAAGUUGGAAAAGAGAAUGUGGUGCAAGUUAUCACUGAUAGUGCUGCAGCUAAUGUGUUGGCGGGGAGGUUUUUGGAAGCUAAGUAUGAACACUUGUAUUGGACACCAUGUGCUGCUCAUUGUUUGGACUUGAUGUUAGAAGACAUUUUCAAGAUACCUAGACUGAAAAAGACAUUUGAAAGGGGUAUUGCAGUACAUGGCUACAUUUACAAUCGGCCUACGUUGCUAAACAUGAUGAGGCGCUUUACAAAUUUGAAGAAUUUGAUCAAGCCUGCAGAAACUAGAUUUGCAACCGCCUUUUUGACUUUGUCUAGGAUGCAUCAACAAAAAAACAAUUUGAGAAAGAUGGUCACCUCCGAAGACUGGACCUCAAGCAAAUGGGCAAAGGAGCCACAAGGUAAAAGAAUGGCACAAACUUUGUUGAUGCCUUCAUUUUGGAAUACUGUUGUGUUUGCCCUUAAGGUCUCGGGUCCUCUUGUCAAAGUGCUUAGAUUGGUUGAUACCGAGAAGAAACCUCCCAUGGGAUACAUUUAUGAGGCAAUGGAUAGGGCAAAAGAAUGCAUUGCAAGUUCAUUUGAUCAUAAAGAAGAGAAGUAUAAUGAAAUUUUCGAAAUCAUUGACAAAAGAUGGGAUGUUCAAUUGCAUCGACCUUUACAUGCAGCUGCGCAUUUUCUUAACCCAGAAUUCUUUUAUCCAAAAGCGUUAGAGGUGCAAAGAGAUCAUGAAGUGAUGAAUGGGUUUUAUGAAUGCAUGCAAAGGUUGGUCCCGGAUGUCACUGUUCAAGAUUUGAUCACUAAUGAGAUGAGUAUUUAUAUGAAGGCUGAGAGUCUUUUUGGCAAGUCUGUUGCGAUUAGGCAAAGAAAUACAAGAGCACCAGCUGAUUGGUGGGCAUCAUAUGGUUCUUAUACUCCAAACUUGCAAACUUUUGCCAUAAAAGUCCUUAGCCUAACAUGUAGUUCAUCGGGUUGUGAACGAAAUUGGAGUGUAUUCGAACAUGUGAGUAUUUAACAUUCUAACUAAUUUUUUGUUCAAUUCAAAUAUUUUUUAUUCUCAUUAUAUAGAAUUUAAUAUCUUUUUAAUAAUUGCAGCUUCAUAACAAG